CUCCUCGCCUCCUUUCUCCCUCCAGGCAUUGGCGAGGCCGCCUGUCAAUCAGGGCUCGGGCGGCAGCCCCCCGCGCGGGGGCUCGGCGAUGCCAGGCGCGGCGACAGGAGGCAGUGGCGGCGGCGGCGGCUCCCGCACACACCCUCCCGCACGCGCGCACCCGGGCAGGGCCGGCGGGCGGGCGGCGGAGGCUCCCGGGGAGCCCGGCGCGGGGCGGGGAGGGGGCGCGCGGCCGGGGAGCGGCCCCGAGGCGCAGGAUGGAGGAGGAGAUGCAGCCGGCGGAGGAGGGGCCCAGCGGCCCCAAAAUCUACAAGCAGCGCAGCCCCUACAGCGUCCUCAAGACGUUCCCCAGCAAGAGAGCGGCGCUGGCCAAGCGCUACGACAGACCCACCCUGGUGGAGCUGCCGCACGUCCGGCCGCCGCCCCCGCCGCCCUUCUCGCCGCUGCCGGCGAUCUCGGUCUCCAUCAGCAGCAGCGAGCCCCCGCCGCCGCCCCCGCCGCAGCAGCAGUUCCAGACGCAGAGCUACCCGGCCGGGCCGGGCCGAGCCGCCGCCGCCGCCGCCGCCGCCUCGUCGUCGUCACCGUCCUGCACGCCCGCCGCGUCCCAGGGCCACCUGAGGACUUCGGCGGCGCCGCCCGCGGCCCCCGCCGCCUCGUCGUCGUCGUCCUUCGCUGCCGUCGUCAAGUACGGUCCGGGCCCGGCGGCCACCGCGAGCAGCAGCAACAGCAGCAGCAACAGCAGCAGCAGCAGCAGCGGCGACCGCGUCGGCCUGGAGCUCAGCGCAGAGAGUCGUAUGAUCUUGGAUGCUUUUGCUCAGCAAUGCAGCCGCGUCCUUAGCCUGUUAAACUGUGGAGGAAAACUUCUGGACUCCAACCAUCAUUCUCAAUCCAUGAUUUCCUGUGUAAAACAGGAAAGUUCAAGUUAUACUGAAAGACAGGAACAAUGUCACAUUGGAAAAGGAGUCCACAGUCAAAUCUCAGACACUGUAGACAUAGAGAUGCAAUAUAUGCAAAGGAAGCAACAAACUUCUGCCUUUCUGAGGGUUUUCACUGAUUCCCUCCAAAACUACCUGCUUUCUGGGAGCUUUCCAACACCAAACACCUCAUCAGUCGGUGAAUAUGGCCACCUGGCUGACAUGGAUCCUCUGUCCACCUCCCCUGUGCACACCCUUGGUGGCUGGACCUCCCCAGCCACAUCCGAAUCCCACGGCCACCCAUCCUCUUCCACACUGCCUGAGGAGGAAGAGGAAGAAGAAGGCUACUGCCCUCGAUGCCAAGAGCUGGAACAGGAAGUCAUUUCACUGCAACAAGAAAAUGAAGAGCUCAGAAGGAAACUGGAGAGUGUCCCAGUGCCCUGCCAGACUGUUUUAGACUACUUGAAGACCGUGCUGCAGCACCACAACCAGCUUCUGAUCCCACAGCCAGCCGACCAGCCGAGUGAGGGGAGCAAGCAGCUGUUGAACAACUACCCUGUGUACAUAACGAGCAAGCAGUGGGACGAGGCUGUAAAUUCUUCAAAGAAAGAUGGGAGACGACUCCUUCGAUACCUCAUCAGAUUUGUUUUCACAACCGAUGAGCUUAAGUACUCAUGCGGCCUUGGGAAAAGGAAAAGGUCAGUGCAGUCAGGAGAGACAGGUCCUGAAAGACGCCCUCUGGAUCCAGUUAAAGUAACAUGCCUCCGAGAAUUCAUUAGGAUGCACUGCACCUCCAACCCUGACUGGUGGAUGCCAUCCGAGGAACAAAUAAACAAAGUCUUCAGUGAUGCUGUGGGCCAUGCCCGCCAGGGGCGAGCAGUGGGGACUUUCCUACACAACGGCGGCUCAUUUUAUGAAGGCAUUGAUCACCAGGCUUCCCAGGAUGAAGUCUUCAGUAAAAAUUCCCAGGAUGGGUCUGGGGAUUAGUAAGCAAGAUCUUUCUACUGGUCGGUUCUCUUGAGAAUUCUGAUUGUGUAUAUCUUGUUACCAUCAUCACCUUUGAGUCCACAAAGCAUGUCAUGCUGUCAGCACUUACACAUCCUAAAUCUUAACUCUUAACCAAUUGCCAUAGUUCUCAAACAAAUCCAUUAUAGGGUUGUUUGGGAAGUCUAUGGAGCCUACAAAAGACUUCCAUAAUAUGUCAUAAAAGAGGGGAAAAAAGCCACCAUUGAUUUUAAAUAGUUGGAUGUGAGGGUGAUCUGGCUGCAACAUCUGUCACCCCAUUGAUCACCAGGGUUGAUUUUAAAUAGUUACUGGAUAGAUGGUAAGAAUGAAAAGAACAGAUGUGUUCUUGGUCACCUGUCUGACAUGCUCUAGUGCUGCUUCCUGAGCAGAGCUGGGCCUCACAGAAUUUGAGUUAGUAUUCCUACCCAUAGAAGAAGGUAGAAACAUUAUUUUAAGAGGCAAGGAGCAAUUAUUCUCUUAUUUUAAUUCAAAUAAUUUGUCAUUUUGUUUUCCAAAAAGUUGAACUCAUUCUUUGCAGCAAAGACAUUAAGAAAAGUGUUAUCUUUACGCUGACAGUAGCUUAUUAUUAAAAAAUAAGCCAGAGAACAGAGAACACUAUAUAGACGGUGAUCAGUUAAAAUUCAGUUAUUCUCCUUAGUUAUUUUUACAGAAAGAAAAGUCUGCUGUGUUGAUCAGGAAGGCACUAUAUGAUCUCUGGAGUUUACAAACAAAUGGUUUUGUCAAUCAGGAAACAUCCAAAGAUCCAAAAUUGUUUUUUCAAGUGCUUGAUUUCAUCAACUCAUAGAUCCACAGCUUCCACAGCCUUAAAGCAGGCUCUGUUGACAUAAUACCAAAGUGAUGGGUUGAACAAGAAUUUCACCCAAUUAGUUGGUACACUGCAGCCCAAACAAGUGGAGUGACUGACAGUGUUCACUUAAUUUACUAGGUGUUCUGGAAUUGUAUAUACACAGCUUCAAGACCAUUCUGAUAACUAUGCAUUGGGCUUGUCUGUAAUUUCUCUGAAGGUUGAAAUCUUUCUGUGCUGAGUUAAUCUUUAGCAUUUACAUAAGACUUAUGUUUCCCUUUGUUGCUGAUGAAAAAUGUUUUAUCCCAACUGUUCUGUGCUUCCUUCCCCCCAGUGCCCCCCCAAACUGCAAGCUCUAAGUUUAUGUUAAGUGACUCUCACCUAUUUUCCCGUUUAAUUUGUUGUGCUCUAUAUGUGAAACUAGUAAUGCCUUUGGAACCUUUUUUUUUUUUUUUUAAUGCUAUAGAGAUGCUGGGAUCCACUUCUGAGAGUUUCACGUCUGGAUGUCAAGAGAGUUUUCUGUUAUCACAUGCAAAUCACCAUGUUCUUUGUAGCACAAAGGAGGGCUCAAUUUCAGGCAUAUACAUUAUGACUAAGGGUUUUGAAAAUCAGUUGGAAAUUCACAUGGUUUAUGAACACUCAUUUAUAAAAACUUUUUUAAAAACAAGCCACUUUGUCAGAGCUAUCCUUUACAAUUUUUUGGUCAAAAUUAUCCUUUACAUUCAAUAGUUAUAUCUACUUUAUGCAUAACCCUAACAGUAGCUCUUUAGCUUUUAGCUAUUAGCUUUCAUCCAUUGAAAAGCUUAGUGUUCGUUGGGAUGAUCACCUGCUGGAUAUGUUAAACAGUGUUUAGAGAAUUAUCAGUCCUACUGAGGCAAAUUUGUUGAAAUCUGGAAGUUAGAGAAACAAAAGGCAAAUAUGAUGCUACUUGUGGGAACCACAUGCUUAAUUUUAUGGCUACCAAGGUAGAAAAAUACUUGGGGUUCUUAGAGGUCUAAGAAGUUAAUAUCUUACAUUCUUUGGCAAUAAGAAAUCUUGUUCAGAUGAAAAAUACCUCUUUACUGGUGUCUAUCUUUCCAUCUUACCACCCUUUUUUGCACUGGACUUUUAUUUACUAUUGAAUUCAUUGUCUUUUUUUUUUUUUCUUACAUCAGUGCUAGUUAACAACUGCUUUGAGAACAAACAAAAACCUUCCAACUCUAAUCAUUUCCCUUUAAGACUGAGAAUUCCUCAUAUUUCUACACCUAAGGGUCCUCUUGGGGCAGCCCCAUAGUAGGGCUCCUGGAAGGCAUGGGUGAGAGCAUGUCUUCAGUCCCCCUCCAUAGCCUUAUGUGUUGGCAUAUUUACAGAUGAAGUGCCUGCACCACUUGGAGGAGACCUCAGUUUGACUGUAAUUAUAAUCUGAAGAGGCUAUGACAUAAGCAAUGCCUCCCUAGUCUUGUUGCAACAACCUGUGUUCCAAAGGCAUACUUGGUCCCUUUUCCCUCCACACCUGUUCCAGGUGAAUUAGUUCUUCAUGGUCUUUUUUUUUUUUUUAAUACUUUGAAUAUUUCAAAGUGAUGGAACAACUGCCUAUUGGCCAUCUUUUAUGCAUGUGAGGUAAGCAAGGCCUAGGAUGAAGACUGAUUUACCCAACAUCAUACUGCCUCUUCUGGCUCUGGGACCUUCAAUCCCCACCUUCAGCUGGUUGUUUCAUCCCACUUUUUGCACCUGGUGUAGUUGCUGUUCUUUUAGCCUACCCCUACCAAGCACUAAAAGCCACAUAGACUGUGUUUCAGUCUCUGGUAGCCAUUGUGCCAUCUCAUCCCCUUGUUCAUGAUCCAUGCCCACUCUGAAGUUGCCCUUUUAAGCUGGUGUGUUACUUGGCUGUCUACAUGGUCUCUUGAACUUAAGUCAGGGAUUAUAAAGGACAUCCUCUUAUUUUCUGGGGAAGUUUAGCAAGGUUAAAAAAGAUCUUUAAUACAGUGGCUGUUGUCAUUGCCAUCAGCCUUUCUGUCUUUCUCUUUAGAAACCUGAAGAUGUUAUUUGUUUUUCUUAAUUCUAUUUUCUACAUCUUUGUCUACUGGAUAAGUUGCCUUCAUCACGAAAAACUUAGUCUCAUAGCAACUUUUAGAAUUCUUCAUUGAGUUGUUUUAGCAUUGGAAUAGAACAGGCUGGAUUUAAUCAGUUCAGAAUGCAGCUGCACUCCACUUUCUGAAACCAAAGAUAAGAGACCCGGUAUUUCUGUCAGUUACCUGGUAAGCUCUGGAACUCCAUGCAUCCAAUGAAUUCAUGUCUGUCUACCAACAGUGGCAGGGUCUUGAUAUGUCAUCUCUUCCCAGGUUAAAUAAAGUCAUUUCACAAUGUACACCAUGUGACUCACAGAGAUUUGAAGCCCCAAGUGCCAUUCAUCGGGCUCAUGAUAACCCUUCAUUGAUUGGUAUUGGAGGGAACUGGGGAGAGGGAAAGUAGUCUUAAGUUGUUACUAAUGUCUCACUUCUCACUGUCUCUCUGGCAGGCACACUAGUCAGAUUUCCUGGUUUAACCUCAGUUAUUAAGUUCUUUGAAGAAAAAAUGUAUACCACCCCUUUUUAUUUGAAACAUUUCAUCCAGCCCUUGAGCCCAAAUAUCAGUCUUUCAGUGCUUCUUGUACUAACACCACUUGUAUUUCAUCAAGCUUUACCAGAAUGUAGAGUAUAUUAUUAGAGCAUCUUAAGAAACUUGUUCUCAUCUCUCCUUUGGAAAAAUUGAGACUUGUAUCUGCCUCAUAUUGUUGGACCAGUGGGUGGGUGACUAUAUUCUUCGCCUUUCUUAGCCUUUCAUUAUUCAUAAACACUCGAGCUUAAGAAAUUUCUCUCACAAUUUAAAGGAAACACAGGUUCACACAGUAUAUAUCUUAACCCUAUUACUUUGCAAGUCACCCCAGCAACUAUUAUCAGAAGGUCUUCCCAAAUCUAGACAGUAAUCAAAACUUGGGUCCCCUGGUUUUAUUUACUGACACACUUAAUGGCUUGUUCUCCUUUCUGUUGCUAUCAGAAAGUGGAUGAAGUGGUGUGGGAGAUGGCGCAGUGAUAAAGCUUUGGACUCUCAAGCAUGAGGUCCUGAGUUCGAUCCCUGGCAGCACAUGUGCCAGAGUGAUGUCUGAUUCUUUCUCUCUCCUCCUAUCUUUCUCACUAAUAAGUAAAUAA